UAUAUAUAUUUAAAAAUCCAAACACGAUGUGAUUAUAGGUUAUUAUAUGUCAUCAUAAACAAAUCGAGAAUAAUAAUUGUUCUUGUGAAAAUUUUAAUAUUUCUCGUUGAAUAAUAUAUUUGAGAAAAUGAGAGAAGUUUUACUCACAAAUUGUGAACGAAAUUUCGUAAACAAAUGUAUAGAAGAGGAAACGAGAUUAGAUGGGCGAAGAUUAUUACAGCCACGGCCAGUGAAAAUUUAUUUUGGCUCCGAAUGGGGAUGUUGUGUAGUAUCUCUUGGACAUACCAAAGCAAUAGCACAAGUAUCAUGUGAUAUACAACAACCAAAAGCAUUUCGUUCUAAUGAAGGUACAAUAUAUAUAAAUGUUGAGCUUGGUCCAUUAGCGGCGCAGCACCUUGAAAGUGGCAGACCAUCUGAAGCUGCUAUAUUGAUUAGUAGACAGCUGGAAAAGUGUUUCAAAGAUUCAAAGUGCAUAGACUUGGAAUCUCUCUGUAUUGUAGCAGAUAAGAAGGUGUGGAAUUUGAGAAUUGAUAUUAAUAUCAUAAAUCACGAUGGAAAUCUGAUCGAUUGUGCCUCUAUAGCAACACUCGCAGCUCUCAUGCAUUUUCACAGGCCAGAUGUUACUUCCACUGGCGAGGAAAUUAUUAUACAUCCAGCAUCCGAGAAAGAUUUUCUUCCAUUAACAUUAUUUUACUAUCCUGUUUGCAUAUCUUUCAUAACUUUUGAAUGUGGCAAGACCAUAAUGGAUCCAACAUAUAUUGAAGAAAGAGUUGGUGUCGCUGAACUCACUCUUGGUAUGAAUUCUUAUAGAGAACUCUGCAGUUUGCAUUUUGAUUAUUUAACGAAAACCAUGACGGUCGAGGACGUCAUAUCCGCUGUUUCUAAUCAUGCGGCAAAUUAUGCGACUAAAUUAGUACAAGAGAUUAAAGAGGCGGUAACUAAAGAUGUACAAUCACGAUACAAAAAAGAUAAUAGCAGUACAAAUCGAUUUAAAGAGAGCAUUCAAACAGAUAAAAUUACAGCAAUGAUAAGCGAUCGCAUUAGUAUUAAAUUACAAAAAUGGGACGAGACAACUAUAGUAGAAGAUGAUCAUAUGGAAGUAGAAAAUGAGAAGAGUUAUAUUAUAAAACACGGAGAAGGAUCUGCUGAUUUAAUACCUGUUUUUGAUGAUUCAAAUAAGAAAGAAGAAAGUUUUAGCAGUAUAUAUGAUUCAGAUUCGGACAAUCAAUGCUUUCAAUCGCCAAUUCCGGAAAAAGAACACAUAGUGAUAGACUUAGUGGAUGAAGAUAGUGAUUAAAUCCAUGCAGCGAUAUAAGGAAGAAUAUGUGUGAAAUAAAUUUUUUAAGAAAAUUAA